UACUACUUUUCGUCUAUAUAAAGGGUGAAGAAGCAUUUUGGAUCCCAGAAAAACUUCUUGUAUCUGACUGAUCUUAGGUGUUUUUGAACAUUCUGAAGCAUUCAUUUCAUUGCUUACAACCAAAGAAAGGAGGUAGAGAUGAAACUACAACACGGAAAAUCGACGUUUAUGAAAAAAUUGCACCCAAAAUAUGCUGUUGGAAUUCCAAUCAAUUCAGGAGUAUUUUCAACAGGAUUUUUACCUGAUCCGAGUAUCCAAUACAGUGUUACGCCUUCUCCUUCCAAUGAAUACACCAAAAUCAGAAAGCGCAGAGCAAGUUCAGUAAUCCCUGGGAUGAGCAAAUUUGGAGAAUGGGUGUACAAUUUUGCUCAAGGAUUCCGAGAGCAUGUGAAACUAGGACCCAAAUUAACAGAAACUUUGAAAGGGAAGUUGAGGCUCGGAACAAGAAUCCUUCUGGUAGGCGGCCUGGAAAAAGUUUUCAAGCUGAACUUCAAUGUUAGCAAUGGCGAAAAGCUUUUAACGGCUUCUCAAUGCUAUUUAUCGACCACAGCUGGGCCGAUAGCUGGCCUACUGUUUAUUUCCACUGAUAAAAUUGCCUUCUGCAGUGAGAGAUCAAUUAAACUCUCUUCCCCAACUGGAAAACUGCAUAAAAUACAUUAUAAGGUCAUGAUCCCUCUAAGGAAAAUAAAGAGAGCCAAUGAAAGUGAAAAUGCAAAAAAACCAAGGCAAAAAUAUGUGCAGAUAGUCACCGAGGACAAGUUCGAAUUCUGGUUCAUGGGAUUUCUAAAUCAUCAAAAAGCAUUAAAAUAUCUGCAGCACGCAACCUCUCAAACUCCAUCAGCAACCGCUAUUGAUGCAUGGAUGAUCUCUCCAUAGAAAAUAAACAUACAGUCACAACACAUCUGUAAAAUUUUGUAACUAUAAAUUAGAACGUUAUAUUGUAAUGUUUAUUAAUGUAAAUGCGUUGUGCAAUUUUGAAAGUAAAAUAUUAUUCGAAGUAACAGUUUCUAUCGAGAUUGAGAUGUAACAAUACACAUUAAUCAAGACUCAAGUGCAUUUCAAUUCCGUUUAUACUUAA